CUCCUCUUGACUUGGUUUUAUGGAUCGCCGAAAAGAAGAAUUAGAAAAAAAGAGACAAAAAUUAGCUGAGCUUCGACGUGCUCGAGAAGAAAGAAGAGCUUUACUUGAAAGUCAAUCUACUCAGUCAACAACUACAACUAGUUCAACUAUUGGAAGAGAUAGAAAAGCCAUUGAUGAUCUUGUUGCACUUGUGUUAGGUGAACGACCUUCUACACCUGCUGCUAAUGGUGGAAGUGAUCGAGGUUCAGAUGUAGGAUCUGACUUUUCUAAUUCACGUCCAACUUCUGUUAAUUAUGGAUAUUCUACUCCAGGAACACCUGUUCAAACAGAAGGAGGAAGACUUUCGAUGCUUUCUGUUUCUUCUUCUCAACCUACACCUCAUUAUGUUGCAGAACUAACGGAAACGCAAGCAUUUAUUGCUGAUAUUCCUCCUCUUGAACACGUUGUUUACAGUAAAGAGAUUCAGACAACAGACGGAUCAUUGGAAGCGCCUAAAAUAUCCGAAGAAGAGAUUAGAAAGCAAAUAAUGGAGGAAUUUGAAGCCAGAGAGAAACAAAAGAUAGCUCAACUAGAAGAGGAAAUUAGAAAAGCUGAACAGGAAAAAAAACAAGAAGAAAUUAAAGACUUGACUGAAGAAGAAGCAAAAAAGAUACAAAAGUCGCAAGAAUUUGCUGAAUUUAUUGAUAUUUCUACUAAAUUGGUCGAAAGAGCAUUAAAUGAGAAAUAUGAUUUUAUGAAAGAUUAUACCCUUGGCAUUGAUACGGAAAACGAUGAAAACUCUGGUAAACACGUCAAGUUUAUUUGUAAAUUUUGGGAUGAAAAAUGGUGUAAGAAUAGAUCUGUUACAGAUGUGAAUUGGUCACUUAAAUACCCAGAAUUAGUCGCUGCUUCCUAUAAUAAAAAUCCUCUUGCACCUAAUGAACCUGAUGGUAUUGUCUUGGUUUGGAAUGAGCAUUUAUUAGAUCGACCUGAAUUUAUAUUCCAUUCACAGUCUGAUGUACUUAGUGUUAUGUUUAGUAAAUUUCAUCCUAAUUAUAUCAUUGGUGGCACUUAUUCAGGUCAAAUUGUUUUAUGGGAUACAAGGGCAAAGUCAUUACCUGUUUUAAAGACGCCAUUAUCUGCUGGAGGACAUACUCAUCCUGUUUAUUCACUUGAGAUGGUUGGUACGCAAAAUGCUCAUAAUUUGAUAUCAGCCAGUACAGACGGAUUUGUAUGUUCAUGGCAAUUAGAUAUGUUAGCACAACCACAAGAUUAUUUAGAAUUACUUCAUCCUGCUCAUAAUAAAACGGAUGAAGUCUCUGUAACGUGUAUCGGAUUUCCUGAUAAUGAAACGACUGCAUUUUGGGUAGGUACAGAAGAAGGUAAUAUUUAUCAAGCAAAUAGAUAUGAUAGAGCAGGAAGUAAAGCGGGUAUCAAUCAAUAUGAUACUUAUCGUGGCCAUCAUGGUAUGGUAACUGGAUUAAAUUUCCAUCCUUUACAUGGACCUGUCGAUUUCUCUGAUCUUUACCUUACUUCUUCUGUUGAUUGGACUGUUAAAUUAUGGAGAGCAAAGUCUAUUUCAAAGACUUCAAGUCAACCUACAGUAAUGACACCUCUUUAUUCAUUUGAACAUGCUGAUGAUUAUAUUUAUGAUGUUAAAUGGUCCCCUACUCAUCCUGCUUUGUUUAGCACAGUAGAUGGUACAGGUCAAUUUGAUUUAUGGAACUUGAAUGCCGAUACAGAAGAACCCUUUGUAAGUACACAAGUUGGAUCAGGCAAAGCACUAAAUAAACUUGCUUGGGAUAAGGAAGGCAAAAAGAUAGCUAUUGGUUCUAGUGAUGGACAUGUUUAUAUUUAUGACAUUGGAGAGAUGGCUAGUCCUAAGCCUGAAGAUUGGAGUUUAUUACAAAAAAAUAUAUCUGAAAUGAUUUCAAACCAAGAGAAUUCUUCAUCAACGAAAUAAUUACAUAAUAAAUUCUGAGCUUAUUUUUGAAUACGGAAAAAAAAA